CACUACCAUGGCGACUUCUGUUUCAUUUCAUAGUGCCGUUGGUCUUCAGAACGGAAGCAGGUAUCAGAUUGAUAAGAAGAACUUUUUGAGGACGCCGAGACCUGUCUACAGCAUGCAUUUUGCCCCUCUCAAUGUCUACGUCGAAUCUCGAUGAAUCCAAUGACAGAAUCUUAGACAAGUUACCGGGCGAUUUUUACUCUUAUUUCAGUUCAGGCAGCCUCAAAGAAGCCAAGCACACUCAGUUCAAUGCACCAGAAACACUCCCGACUAUCUCGCGAUGUAACUCAUCCUGGAGUUCGAAAUCUCUCGGUGGAAAAGGGAUUGGUGAGAAACGGGCGCGUGCGCGUGAUUGCACUGCAUCGUCAAUUCAUCGAAAUCCAACUUAUACGUUUGAGAGCUACUGCAUCUCGCGCAUCACCUUUUCGUUCCAUCCAAACCGUUCGUCAUGGACAGUAAAUCCCAGACAAUUUCCACUCAGACCUGCAUAUGCAACUACAUUCAAUGGUUGUCAAGGUUUGACGUUAGCGCGGACCGUCCAUGACCUGCAAAAGGAUCUGUUUGCUCACGGUCAAUUGUAUACGGCUUUGUCGAGGGUCAGAGGUAGGAGCUCCAAUUUACUGAAUGAAAAUUGCCUCAUUUAGACCUUUGUGCACGUAUCGUGUAUACUAUUAUAUCGAGCUCGUUUGCAAGGGCCAUAUCCAACCUCGAACAUACAAACACAUCUUCUACACCUAU